AGGCCACAAGAGGCUUCCUUGUUCUAACCAAGAAGGCUCCAAGAAACCUCCAUUGAACUUAAAAUUUUCCACCCUUUAUAAUCUCCAUUUUCACUCUUCAUUUCCCACUCAAUUCAAUUCUUUCAUAAUAUUCAACCAACAAAAUCUCAUUUUUUUCAAAUUCUACUUUUUAAAAAUGGAUUCUUCUUCACUAGAUAUGAUAAGGCAACAUCUUCUUGAUGAUGUUGUUUUCAUGGAAAAUUAUUGUUCCUCUUCUUCAUCAUCAGAAACAAGUAGUACCCUUUAUUCUCAAACCUCAUUGAAUUCGGAAUCUUUAGAAUCAUUAACCUCUGAGAUCAAACUUGAAAGCAAUUUCUCUUUUUAUCCUGAUUUCAUCAAUACAGCUCAAAGUUUAAAUCUUGAAUCUGCCUCUCGUUUGUUCGAUAACUCAACAAUUGAAUUCCAAGCUAAACCCCAAAAGAAAAGAAGUUUCAAUGAUCGAAAACCUUCGUUAAACAUUUCAAUUCCUUCUGUCAAGAAAACAGAGGAACCAAAAACAGGGGAAGUAAAAACAGAGUACUCUGUUCAGAAAAUGGUGGAAAAUUCGGAGAAAAAGCGAUACAGAGGAGUGAGACAAAGGCCAUGGGGGAAAUUUGCAGCGGAGAUUCGUGAUCCAACUAGAAAGGGGACACGGGUUUGGUUAGGAACAUUCGGUACUGCAAUCGAUGCAGCUUUGGCAUAUGACAGAGCAGCAUUUAGGCUCAGAGGGAGUAAAGCAAUCAUGAAUUUCCCACUUGAAGUAAGCAAUUUCAAGCAAGAAAAUCAUGAGAUUGAGAAAAAUGUAGUAAGUUUGAAUUUGAAUACGAAUUCUUGUGGGAAAAGGGUAAGAGGAGAAAUGGAGAAUGAUGACAGAGUUGUGGUGAAGAAAGAGGUGAAAAGAGAACAAAUGGUAGCAACUCCAUUAACACCUUCAAAUUGGUCUUCAAUUUGGGAUAGUGGAAAUGGAAAAGGUAUUUUUGAAGUGCCACCUUUGUCACCAUUAUCACCACAUCCAAGUUUUGGUUACUCUCAACUUUUGGUUUCAUAGUGAAAUGACCAAAAAAAUCCACUUGAAUAUGUUAUGGAAUAUUGUAUAGCAGAAUGAUAUUGCUGUCACGAUCCACUGAGAUUUAGACCUCUGUUGUGUCGAUCCACUGAGAUUUAACCCUCUGUUGUGCCGAUGAUUCCUAAAAUGAAAUAUUUUGAACAAGUAUGAGGUGAUUUCAAGUUGUAAAAAGGAAUUUACCUUUUGGAAAUUUGGAUAAAAGUAUUUGAAGAUUAGCAUAUGUACAAAUGAAGAAACAUGGAGUGAUGGAGGGAGAAUGGAAGUGUUUUGAAUCAUGGAUAUUUUUUAUUAUUUUUUAUUUCAUUGAUUAAUCUUUUUUUUCAUGUAAAUAUGAAUUUUAAUUUGGUUGGUUUAUUUAUGGGAAAAGGUUCAAAUAUAUUCCUA